GUGUCAACACAGGCUUGGCAUGGUAGUGUUUUCGGGAUACGAAUGAAAUAAUAACCGUUUAUUUUAAAACAUACAGUCUAUUUAGAAACGUUUUUAAUACUCCCAUGAUGUCUUGGGUUAGAGCUGUUUCGACCAGCGGAGAUGUGUUUGAUGAGAAUGCGGACGAACUUAGUUUGCAAAGUAAAGAGUGGGCAUCCAACAUGAAGAAGCGAGUUAAGGGCGGGUAUGUGGACGGAGUGGAUGCCGGGGAGGAUGCCUCGCUUCAGGCCGGCUUUGACCUCGGAUUCCGGGAAGGAGCAGCUCAGACUGUGGCUGUGGGCCGGCUCAAAGGAAUUGUAAGUGCUAUAUGGUGCUGGUGCCAGACCCAACAUCCGGAAAGCCCCCUGCCGGCCUCUGUAACCCACCUCCUGCAGCAGGUUUCCCAGCAUGAAGACACCAUUAUGGAGGGCAUUAAGAACACUUUGGAGAAUCCUCCUCCCAGUGUGAGCGCCGUCUCUGAGAGCAUGGAGGACCUGGAGGUGGAGCAGGCAGAUCCAAGUUGUGGAGGAGAGGGAUGUAAAGAAACAGACUGCUGUAGGACAGCAGACAAAAUGGAUCAGGAUGUUCCUCAGCAGCCACAAAGGCUCUGUUCAGGGUCUACUGACUGCUCCUCCCGCUCCAGUGAUACCCUUAAGUACCUCCUGCAGCGCUGCAUGGAUCUAGUGUCAGAGCUGGGACUGCCUGAGGACCUGGUCAGCCACAUACAGGAGCUGAACAACGUGUAGGGUGUGAAAAUCGGACAGUACUUGGAUGAGCACAUGAACUUUGAAGUAAAUUGGAUUUUUGUGUAAUCUUACACAUUCGCAAUUAAGUGCUUUCGAUGUAUAUAAUGUAAAAUAAAAAUAUUGCAUUCCUAAUUUGUAUAACAUGGCUAGAAUGGAAAUAAAAAUACAUUUUCUGUAUUUUA